CGCAAGAUUUCGCUCGAGCCCGCGCUGCUCUCGCAUUAUGUGAAAUGGUGUUAGCGCAAAUGGGUCUCUGCGAUUUUCUCGGUUUUUUAUUCGUCUCCUACUGUGCGCGUCAGAGAAAUGUCGAGAAGAAACCCUCGGAAAAAUUCGAAGUCGAAUUUCAGUGGAGUUACAUUAAUUUCACGUGGCCCUCGACUAUGGAUUACCACUACGCGACCACCAAUGUUAAGUAUAUACCGGAAAACAACGCGAUGGCCGGUAUCAAGUAUUACAAUAACAGAAUGUACAUUGCAUUGCCAAGAUUGCGAAAAGGCACGCCGGUUACUUUAGCUUUUCUUCCUAUGAAUUCCAAGUCGACCACCAACCCUCUUCUUCGCCCUUAUCCCAGUUGGGAGAUGAACGUUAGGAAGAAUUGUUCGGCUUUGCAGAACGUGCAGAGCAUGGAGAUCGAUCGUUUCGGUGUCAUGUGGGUGAUUGACGGUGUCAGAAUAAACAGUUUGACGAAGUGUCCGCCGAAAAUUGUGCUGUUGGACCUAAAGAACGCAGGCAGGGUUUUGCACAGCUACGUCGUUCCCAACGAUGUCAGUUUGCAUCAGGGGGGUUUUCUAAAUGACAUCGUGGUGGAUGAGAGUGACGGUGGUUUUGCGUACAUAACUGAUAAUAGUGUGCAAGAUCCAGGCCUUGUGGUGUAUUCGCGCGUUUACAAUAAAUCGUGGAAGCUACGAGACGCUUCCAUGUUCGGCGAAGUGGACGCCUCGGAAUUUACAGUGGAUGGAUUGAUUAAUGAAGGUAUGGUACCAGUGGAUGGAAUUGCGCUCGAGCCGAUGCCGGCGAAACGAAAAGGUAAUCGAAUGGUAUACUACUGCGCCUUGAGUAGUUACAGCCUCUACGCCAUUAGCGCUUCCAUACUGAAAAAUGAAGAACUGUGCAAAAGUGGCGAAUGGCGAAGAGACGUGGAGUACAUCGGGAAGAAAAGGAGUCAAAGCGAUGGAUUAGUGAUGGAUAACAAAGGUAAUCUUUACUAUGGACUAUUAAGCCGUUAUGGUGUCGGGAAGUGGAACAUCAAAAAACCUUUGCAAUCUGCUAAAAACAUCGACGUAAACAAAAAGAAGUUUGUGUGGCCGGAUAGCUUUACGUUCGAUACGGAUGGUCAUUUGUACGUACUCGCCAAUGGUAUUAACAAAUUCUUUUCUCGUACGUACGAAUUGCGGUUAUCGCCCGAUAUGAAGUUUAAAAUAUUAAAGUCGUACACUGGAACCAAUAGUUAUUUGUACAGUUAA